CCUCCCGUGAGGAUCAAAAUUCACAACAAAGGCAAAUUCUAUCUGCAAAAAUCUCCUCUCCUCUCAUAUGGCCAAUGUGGCGUUUUGCCGCUCCCUCAAACUUCCCUUAUCCGAUAACACACCACCGCCACAGCACCACCGGCACCAAACUAGAAGAACCCCUUCACUCUCCCUCUAUAGAUGCCAUAUCCCUGGAAAAGCAAGUAUUUUUCAUUCCGAUAAUAAUGCCAGAGCUAAGGCUCGGCCUAGGCUUCGCAUCUCUUGCCAGGCUAUUGAUUUACAACAAUCAAAAGAAGGCUCUGACAUCGAAUUCUCUAUCACUGCUGGUGGUCAAGAUCGUCUUCUCAAGGUUCCUACGUCAAAUAUCAGAAAUUUCAGCAUUAUUGCACAUAUUGAUCAUGGAAAAUCAACAUUGGCAGAUAAUUUGCUUCAAAUGACUGGUACUGUGCAAAGGCGAGAGAUGAAGGAGCAGUUUCUCGAUAACAUGGAUCUAGAGAGAGAAAGGGGCAUCACUAUCAAACUUCAGGCAGCUCGAAUGCGCUUUAUUUAUGAAAAUAAAGCGUAUUGCCUAAAUCUUAUUGAUACACCGGGGCAUGUGGACUUCUCUUAUGAGGUUUCACGAUCUCUUGCUGCGUGUGAGGGUGCUCUUUUGGUUGUGGACGCUUCUCAGGGAGUUGAAGCUCAGACGCUAGCUAAUGUUUAUAUGGCAUUGGAAAACAACCUAGAAAUAAUCCCAGUUUUGAAUAAAAUAGAUUUACCAGGUGCUGAACCAAGUCGUGUUUCCCAGGAGAUUGAAGAGGUUAUUGGUUUAGAUUGUAGUAACGCAAUCCACUGCUCAGCAAAGGAGGGAAUAGGUAUUUUUGAAAUUUUGAAUGCGAUUGUUCAAAGGAUCCCCCCACCUCUUGAUACUACUAAAAGACCUUUGAGGGCUUUAAUAUUUGAUAGUUACUAUGAUGCUUAUAGAGGUGUUAUAGUGUAUUUUCGAGUAGUUGAUGGUACUAUAAAGAAAGGUGACAGAAUUGUUUUUAUGGCCAGUGACAAGGAUUAUUACGCAGAUGAGAUUGGAGUUUUGUCUCCGAAUCAAUUGCAAGUUGAUGAAUUAUAUGCUGGUGAGGUGGGUUAUCUCUCAGCUUCCAUACGAUCAGUGGCAGAUGCUAGGGUGGGUGACACUGUAACGCAUUACAGUAGACGAGCAGAACAAUCAUUGCCUGGAUACAAACAAGCCACUCCAAUGGUGUUUUGUGGCCUAUUUCCAGUUGAUGCAAACCAGUUCUCGGAGUUACGUGAUGCAUUGGAGAAGCUGCAACUCAAUGAUGCUGCAUUGGAGUUUGAACCUGAAACCUCAAGUGCCAUGGGUUUGGGCUUUCGAUGUGGUUUUUUGGGGCUUCUUCAUAUGGAAAUUGUUCAGGAAAGGCUUGAGAGGGAAUACAAUUUGACACUAAUAACUACUGCUCCCAGUGUUGUAUACAGAGUAAACUGUACAAAUGGUGAUACUGUCGAGUGUUCAAAUCCAUCUUUACUUCCUGAAGCUGGGAAAAGGAGGUCAAUUGAAGAGCCUAUUGUAAAGAUUGAGAUGCUCACUCCAAAAGACUACGUUGGCACACUUAUGGACCUUGCUCAAAAACGGCGAGGAGAGUUCAAAGAAAUGAAAUUCAUUACUGAGAAUAGAGCUUCGAUCACCUAUAUGUUGCCUUUAGCAGAGAUGGUUGGGGAUUUUUUUGAUCAGCUGAAGUCCAGAAGUAAGGGUUAUGCUAGCAUGGAUUACUCUUUUGUCGGGUACAAGGAAAGUGAAUUGAUAAAGCUUGACAUUCUGAUUAAUGGUGAUAUUGUGGAACCUUUGGCAACUAUUGUGCACAAAGAGAAGGCAUACACUGUAGGGAGGGCUUUGACUCAGAAGCUAAAAGAACUUAUUCCGCAACAGUUAUUUAAAGUUCCCAUCCAAGCAUGCAUAGGUGCUAAAGUUAUAGCUAGUGAAGCAUUGUCCGCAAUGAGAAAGGAUGUUCUAGCGAAAUGCUAUGGUGGUGACAUUACGAGGAAAAUGAAAUUGCUCAAGAAGCAGGCUGAAGGGAAGAAAAGAAUGAAGUCAUUCGGCAAAGUUGAUGUACCUCAAGAAGCAUUCAUGGCAGUACUUAAACUCGAGAAGGAGGUGUUGUGAUCAUAUUAUGUAACAGGCUAACAGCUGAUAUAGAUAAACGUUCAAGUCUGUAUAUUAUGGACAGAAUGUUCAGGUUCCUUAUUGCUUUGUAUUGAUCGUUAGGAACUGAGAGUUUGGUAGUUUACAUUGGGUAUAUAUGGUUCAGAACUUUCAGGCCAACAGUAGGACUGUCAUCACUGCCCUCUGAUUAAAGAGAAAGUGUUGCUUUUGUAUAGCAAUUUCCAGUUCAUUAAUUUAAGCUAAUGUUUUCCAGUAAA